UGUGUGAUUCUGGUAAACAGCUGACCUCUCCCUUUGCGAGCUCUGCCCUCCUCCUCUUCUCUCUGGAUUCUGCAGUACCUCUACUGUGUGGAACUGCAUUAACUAACAAGCCAGUUUGAUAUCAUUUGACUUAUCAAUCAUGCCUUUGGAGAACUUGUUUGGAUCAAAGGGGAGACUAGUGCUGAGCGCUCUUCUUGUUUGUGCCAUAGUCUUCGAAUUAGCUUAUUGUCAAAAAGAGGCUCAACAACAGAAGAUUAAUCCAGGAAGGAAGCCAAAGCCGAGCAUUACCAAACUUGGGAGGUCAACAAACAAAUCACCCAGAGCUGUAACAGCCAAACCAAAGAUCAAAGCUACACCUGCAGCCCCAGCACAGACUUUCCUCACACAGGUGCUAAACAGAGGGAAGUUUAAAAAGGUGGUAGACAAUAUAAGUGUGCAGUCAGGAGACACCCUGGAGCUGAGAUGCAGGGGCAAACCUGUGCAGUGGAGCGUCCCCACAUACCUGGAGGAGGAUGAUGAUGGAAGGCUCAGUAUUGUCCAACAGGCGCGAUAUGGUGUCCUGACAUUGGUCAACACUACGGGUGCAGACACUGGGGAGUUCAGCUGUUAUCCGAUGUACUGUGAAGACACCGACUGCAGGAAGGAGUAUGACAAAGCUGUGAAAGUAUUUGUCUUCUUUCCCGACCCACAAGAACUAUUUGUCCCGUCGGCUGACUACUAUGAGGCCAUUCAGCUGAGAACCAACUGGCCUACGCUCCUCCCCUGCCAGGUGACUUCACCCGAGGCAAAAGUGUCUCUGCACCGUGAGUUUCCUCCAGUUGAGGUGGCAGUGGACGGGAAAGAGAUCUCCUUUAAUGUCAAAAAGGGCUUCACCAUUCAUCGCCCCCGGCCUCAUCAUGCUGGAGCCUUGUUCUGUGUCGCCAGUCUGGGCAACCUGAGGCAGAGCUCCACCAAGUACAUGCUCAUCUAUGUUAACUACCCCAUGGCUCCUCCUGCUCCAGUGAUCCAGGGCUCACCUAGCUCGGUGACUGUGGGGGAGAAUCUGCGCGUCAGCUGCUCUGUGGUGGGGGAGCAGGACGUGGCUGUGGAGUUCACUUGGGAUUACCCAGGACAGCAGAUUGGGAGGCCUCUGUACACUCAGGACAGCAUCAGUCCAGUGGGUGGAGGCACGGCCCAACAGCAGACUCAGUCUGUCCUCCUGGUGGAUGAGGUGCGGGACGUGGACCAAGGAACAUACACCUGCACUGCCCAGAACCUGCAAGGAGCCAAAUCAGUUUCCACUACUGUUCAAGUGGUCCCCAAAGCAAAACCUAAGAAACAAAAACCAUAAAGACUAGGUGAUAUAAUAAAGAAAAGAGAGGGAGAGGUUGGAUAUCAGAUGCGACAUUAUGGUUCGUCAAAAGUACUGAACGGUAUUUAAUCAGUCACAUAUCAAUAUAUAAAUACACAAACUAUCGUAUUCUUUUUAUAUUGCUAUAAACACACACAAUUAUGAGAGAUGUUGUUGUUUAGAUGAAUGUAUGUAAAUUGUGGUGCAUCAAGCAGAUUGUGUUUUUGAGGUUUUAUAUACACAUUGUUAACUGUCUCUUUCUACAUUUUUCUUAUUGUGCAUGACCCUGCCUAAGAGGAAGUCAUAUAAAAUAAUAUAAAAUAAACAUUAUUAUUAUUAUUAUUAUUAUUAUUAUUAUUAUUAUUAUUAUUAGACAGUUAUGUUAGAAAUGAUUUCCAUACACAUAGCUUGAUGUUUAUUAUCAUCAUAAAAUUGGGACAUAUUAAGUGAUAAUUAUGUUGCUUAUCAUAAUAAUUAACAUUAAACUGUGAUGGCCUGUGAUUUUUCAUAGACACCAUCCUCUGAUAAAUUUGGCAUAUCAAAUAAUGGAAGUUGGACAAUUACAUUAAUAGAAAAAUGUUCUUACACCAAGAAACAAAAUGAUGAGCCUUUAUCUUGAUAAUCUGAAGAUUUGGUCACUUAUUCGUCAAAUCGACAAACACAUUGUUUGCCAUUUUUAACAAACAAACAUUUUCUCAUUCAAGCUUCUUAAAUUUAUUAGAUUUCUUCAGUUUUAUAUUUUGUCCUUUUACUAUAUGUAUGUUUCUGAUUGUUGGUAAGGCUUCUCAAGACAUGUGAUGACAUUUUGAGUUCUUGGAAAUGUGGUGCACAUUUUUCAGCAAUUGAUCAUUAGAAUAAUUCAACAACACGAGUUGCAACCUUCCAAACUAUAAUGAUAUUUCCCUCAAAGGAAUAGUGUAAUUAGCGAGUUAUACUCUUUCAGGGGGCAUAGUGGCAACAGUUUGAUGUUGGGGCCCUGUUGACCCCCACCAUUGACCCUGUGGUGUAGGCCUUGUACACAAGUGAGCAUCGAGUACAUUGCACACAAACACUAAAUAGGGCAGCUUCAUUAUGUGCCCAGAGAUCAACCAGCACUAUGAAAGAACAUUAAAAAAAGAAAUAGUAAUACACAAUCUGAGGUUAUUUGUGUUUCCAAGUUAGUGGGACCAAAAUAUUCUUGGUCAUUAUGUUUGCUCUUAUAUCACCUAGCUGAAGUUGUCUUAAAAUUGUGCCAGUUUUAUGCUUUUAACAGUUUAUUUUAUUUGCAUACUGACUGGCUUUUUACUAUUUCCUUUGUGUUUUACGACAGUUGCAUUCAUCUGCCUGUAUUGUUUGUGUUUUUUUGUAACAUCAUGCUGCUUUCUU